UGCGCCGCUAAUCAUCGGUCUGGUGUUUCUGUUGCAGGGUUAUCUUUUGCAUUUAAGGUAAACAAAACCGUGCAAAACAUUGUGAAGUGCUUGUAUUUGGUCUCUCGUGAAUAGUUUUUGAGUUUUUGCAAAGCGUCCCACAGACAUGCAAAUGAACUUUUGAUUCGCCGCAAAUGUUUUCCAGAAGUUUGCAGCUCUUUGCCGGUUGUGGUGAACCUCCAGCAAACCUUUGGCAACAAUGGACAAUUUGCCUCAAAGCUUAUUUGCAUGUGAAAAUUGUCUGUGGAAAGUUUGCGGCAAAUUUUCAGUGAACUCUCAAUUUUUGUAAGGGUUUGUAACAUUGCUGCAGGCAUUGCUCCAAAAAGGGGCUUGAACUCCAAAUCGCCAUUGAAGAUAUAGAGAGCCCCAAACCUCAACUGUGAGUGAAAGUUGGCGCAACCCCCUUUUGGAGUACAUUUAUGGAGGUCUGGUCUUUGCUACCACACAGUGAUUAUGAAUCCACUCACAACACAAUUCACCAGUAAAUACUGUGAAUAUUCCUGUCAUCUUUGAAUUGAAGAAGCGUUUCCAGAAGUGCAGGACAAACUUCAAGUGUGUCAAUAAUUUCUGACAUACUAUUGUAAAGAUGGAUUUUAUUAAAGAGGAGAGAGAGGACAUGGGUUAUCCAGAACCAUACAGAGUGAAAAAUGAAGAUACUGAGGAACAAAGAGACCUGAUGCAAGUGAAAAAGGAAAGUCAAGAACUGGAUGAAGUGGAGGAGAAACAUCAGUAUCGGACAUAUAAAAAUUCUGAAAAUAAUUCAUCACAAAAAAGAAGACAAAAUGCAAGAUCCAAAAAAUCUUUAACCUGCCCUCUGUGCAAAAAAAGUUUUACAAAAAAAAGACACCUUGAGACUCACAUGAGAAUUCACACUGGAGAGAGGCCUUUCACAUGCCAUCUGUGUAGAAAGAUUUUCAGUCGUGCAGACAGCCUUAAGAGGCACACACUAACUCACUCUGGACAGAAGCUGUUCACGUGCCUUCAGUGUGGAAGGACUUUUACUCGUGCAGGCAGCCUUAAGAAGCACACAAUAGCUCACUCUGGAGAGAAGCCUUUCCAGUGCCCUCUGUGUGAAAAGAGUUUUUAUUGUAAUCGGGAACUUAAUAGGCACACAAAAUCUCAUGUCAGAAAGAAGCAUUUUAAAUGCCUUCAGUGUGGAAAGAGUUUUUCAUGGCAGCACAAUUUUAAAGAGCACCAGAGAUUGCAUACCGGUGAGAGAGUUCAUGUGUGCUCUGAUUGUGGAAAUGUCUUUACUAGGGCCAGCGACUUAAAGAUGCACCAAAAAAUCCACACUGGAGAAAAACCAUACAAGUGUUCACAAUGUGGAAAGAGUUUCAAUCGGCCAGGACACCUGAAAGUGCAUGAGAGAGUGCACACUGGAGAGAAGCCAUUCCACUGCCAUUCAUGUGGAAAGAACUUUACCCAAUCAGGUCAUCGACUGGUUCAUUUUAAAAGGCUUCAUGGAAAGUUGUUACAGGCCAUCCUCAAAGAAAUUUGCAAGGCUGGGAAAGACGUCAGGUCUCAUCAUCCUGCCAUCUCCACCGCUGAAAUAGAGCACAUUCGUAACUCUCCGUAUCUGGUCAACAGACACAGCAACUGGGCUGAUUCGCAAAGUCUGAUGGAAGUGAAAGAGGAAAGUCAAGAACUGAAUGACGUGGAGGAGAAACAUCAGUAUGAUAAAUCUGAUAAUUUCAUAACUGGUGAAGAAUCGAAUAGUUGCCCACAGACCGAAAAUAAUUUCACACAGAAAAGAACUCGAAGAACAAGAGCCAAAACAAUAUUAACUUGUCCUCAAUGUGGAAAGAGUUUCACACAAAAAGGAGAUCUUGAAAGGCACCUGAGAAUUCACACUGGAGAGAAGACUUUCACAUGCACUCAGUGUGGAAAGAGUUUCACACAAAAAAUACACCUUAGGAGGCACCUGAGUCUUCACACUGGAGAGAAGCCUUUCAGAUGUGUUCAGUGUGGAAAGAAUUACACAGAGAGAGGACAGCUUGAGGUUCACAUGAGAAUCCACACUGGAGAGAAACCAUUUACCUGCCGUCAGUGUGGAAAGAGUUUUGCCAAAAAAGGAAGCCUAAAGUGUCACAUGAGAAUUCACACUGGAGAGAAGCCCUUCACAUGCCUUCAGUGCGGAAAGAGUUUCACACAAGCAAGCCAUCUCACUGUUCAUCAACAAUAUCACUCUGGAUUAAAACCAUUUAACUGUGAUCAGUGUGGCAAAAACUUUAUGUGGGAAUCACAUCUAAAGGUACACCUGACAGCUCAUGCAAAUGAGAAGUCUUAUGUUUGUUCCUUUUGUGGAAAGAGUUUCAUUACAUCAGGACACCUGAAAACACAUGAGAGAGUGCAUACUGGAGAGAAGCCAUACCACUGCACUUCAUGUGGGAAGAGUUUUUCUCAGUCAGGUGGUCUACAGAAGCAUUUAAAAAGGCAUUGUUCAAAGUUGUUCUUGUGAGCAAAGUUCAUCUUCAGGGUCAACACUUACACUGCGGCCAAAAUCUUAUGGAAAGAAAUUGGUACUUAUAUUCACCAAAAUGGCAUUCAACCGAUCAUGUAUAGUCAAGAUAUUAAUAAUGUAAAAAAAUCAGAACUUCUUAAACUACUUUAAACGGUUCUCAGCAAAACAUCCUCCACAUGCAGCAAUGACAGCUUUGUAGAUCCUUGGCAUUCUAGCUGUCAGUUUGUCCAGAUACUCAGGUGACAUUUCACCCCACACUUCCUGUAGCACUUGCCAUAGAUGUGGCUGUCUUGUCGGGCACUUCUCACACACCUUACAGUCUAGCUGAUCCCACAAAAGCUCAAUGGGGUUAAGAUCCAUAACACUCUUUUCCAAUUAUCUGUUGUUCAAUGUCUGUGUUGCUUUGCCCACUCUUAACCUUUUCUCUUUUUUUUUUCUGUUCCAAAAGUGUUUUUUUCUUUGCAAUUCUUCCCAUAAGGCCUGUACCCCUGAGCCUUCUCUUGACUGUUGUACAUGAAACUGGUGUUGAGCGGGUAGAAUUCAAUGAAGCUGUCAGCUGAGGACAUGCGAGGCGUCUAUUUCUCAAACUAGAGACUCUGAUGUACUCAUCCUCUUGUUUAGUUGUACAUCUGGCCAUCAACAUCUCUUUCUGUCCCUGUUAGAGCCAGUUGUCCUUUGUCUUUGAAGACUGUAGUGUACACCUUUGUGCCCAUUCUUCCUCAAAACAAUGAUUGACUGACGAGUUUCUAGAGAAAGCUGUUUCUUUUUUGCCAUUUUUGACCUAAUAUUGACCUUAAGACAUGCCAGUCUAUUGCAUACUGUGGCAACUCAAAAACAAACACAAAGGCAAUGUUAAGCUUCAUUUAACAAACCGAAUAGCUUUCAGCUGUGUUUGAUAUAAUGGAAGUGAUUUUCUAGUACCAAAUGAGCAAUUUAGCAUGAUUACUCAAGGAUAAGUUGUUGGAGUGAUGGCUGCUGGAAAUGGGGCCUGUCUAGAUUUGAUCAAAAUUGGCUUUUUUCAAAUAGUGAUGGUGCUGUUUUUACAUCAGUAAUGUCCUGACUAUACUUUGCAAUCAGUUGAAUGCCACUUUGGUGAAUUAAAGUACUAAUUUCCUUCCAAAACAGCAAAUUCUGUACAUUAUUCCAAACUUUUGGCCGCCAGUGUAAUUAAAGCAACAUUACACUAUUGUAAUGUAACACAACAUCAGUCAGAUCAGUAGAUCUGCUGGCUGUAGUUAAAAAUAAUAACACCAAUAAAAUAACAAAGACACAGUAGAUAUGGACAGAAAAAUGCCAUUAAAUGCAUAUAAAUGAUAGGGCUGGAAAAAAAAUCUAUUCUGUUACAAAUCGUGAUUCUUGAGCCAAAGAGAUUUUAAAAUCGUCUCCCAGAUGAAAAAUUGAUUUUUUUAUUUAAAAAAUAAAAAAUAUAUAUCUUUAUCUUAAUGCUACAAUGAUUAAUAGAUUAAAUAUAAGAAGCUUUAUUUGUGCAGAGUUCCACAUUAACAGGUUUUCUCUCUGAGAAGUUUUGUCUCUUUAAUUCUUUACGUUUAGUCCUUUAAUGCACCGCUGCAACAGCCAUCAAGUGCCGUUUGUUCACUGUUGGAUGUCAAAAUCCUUUGCUGUGAUCAAUGUUCCUGUUAUUAUGCAUAAUCCAGAAGUUAAUUUGAGUGGUGUUGUGUAGAGUAUUUGUCAGAAGUCAUUCUGCAGAUUCUCUCUGACACUGCUUUAAUAAAUAGUUUAGCUGUAAAAAGGCUUAUCAAACUAUUGGAUGCUGUAAACUACAUGUUUUCAUGCCCCUACGGUAUUUACAAUCUAACAGCCAGGGUAUUCAUGUGCAAUGGCAGGUAAUUUUGCACAUUUACCUGCCACUGUGGACAAGAAAUACCGCUAGACACAAAGAUGUCUGCUUGAGGAAACACACCUGAUUAUAUUUUGAAGAACAGACGACAGACAUGCCGGCAAAGCGCGUUUUAUUUGCUUUUUUUGUUCAGAAGUUAAUUUGCUCUUUGGCGCCAACGUGCGCAGCUCGAUCGUGUCUCAAGGAACACGUGCAAAUUUUGAGUUCUCUCUGUCAGUCAUCUGGGAGCAGUUUGUAAGAAUGUUGUUGUCUAUGAGAACGCUGCAUAGGAUCUAAGACUAUCUCAGGGUGCAUAUGCAAAUAACAUGCAACGACACUGGGACUACAGGUUAAUUGUCAUGUGUGUCAUAAUGCUACAGCCCCAGAAGUUUACUCUUUAUCCUUCAUUUGUAUGUUUCAAAAUUAUCAUUAUGAUAAUAGUAAUAGCCUCUGGUAAUAUAUAUUUUAUAUUCUAAAAUAACAAAAUUAGUUUGAUAAGUUAAAAUGAUAUAUUGUAUAUAUUUAUUUUUUGAAUACAAAUGGACAUAAUGGGCCUUAUGGGUUCCUUUGUGCUAACUAGUCACCUAGCUCAGACAAGGCACUGACUGGUCGAUUAGUAGUUUUAAAUUGGUAGUUUUGCACAGUCCUACGUUUUACCUGCAAAUUAUAUAUUACAGAGUGUAAACAAUUGUCAUUUCAGACACAACUGUUCUUCAAAAGACAUUUCUUUCUGUGAAAAAGGACUUGAAGGUUUUUUGUUUUUACUUUUUAAGAAGUUUUGAUAUAAAAACAUCAAAUUGCAGUACUUACAGAAUCACAAUAUCGCAAUACAUAUCGAAUCGGCUUGGAAAUAUCAUUGUAAUAUCGAAUCGGGAAGUCUGUGGCAAUUCCCAGCCUUAAAAAAUGACUUGUACAAAGUUAUCUAUAGGGAUUUCAUUAAAUAUCAAUAUUUCGAUUAUUGAUCUGCAUGUUAUUUUAUCGAUACAUUUUUUAACCAUCAAUAUAUUAACAUCAGCCGAUGUUUUAAUUAGAAUCCUAAUUUGUGUGCUUUCAAUUCACUGCCAGCUGCAUUCCAUUCAAUGUAGUCUGACGUAAUAGCUUUGGGAGGCCACAAGGGGCACAUAACAUUUACUGACUACGGUCGCAGCAUGGAAAAGGCAUCACACACACAUAUUACGAGCUGAUGGCAGUUCAAAAUUUCCGAAUGUUUUUGUACUUCAUGAAUUAACAAAAUGUUGUUGACGAGUUUGCAGGUAAGUGUAUGAAACUAGUGUAACUGCGCAAAAUGAACGAUUAUAAAUGGUGACGUUUAUUAUGCAAUUUUCCUGUAUGUAGCAUUGAAUAGUUCUUUCAUUCAAGCUGUCAAACCACAAAAAGACAUACUUGCUACUGAAAAUACAUUGUGUAGGCUAUAUGAAAGAUACUUGUAUAUCAUCCAAUUAUGACUAGAGUAAAUAAUCAGAAUUUUAAACAGCCUUGAUUUCUUAAAACAUGAUAAGAAACAACUUUUUAUCUUCUUUAAAAGUUUCCUACAAACAGUUCUAGUACUUGAAGAGAAACAGAUGUAUCUCACUGAACAAGAGAGAGGACAGAAUCAUGAAAGUGGAAUUUUGUUUUAAUUGACAGUGAGCUCUUAUAUUACCUGUGUCAACAACCAGCAAAAAGAGCCUUUCUUCAGCAGAGAACUGCAUCACUUCUGCUAUGGACUCUGUUCUUUAUAUGUCCUGGCAAACAGAUCUAACUAUAAGAGAUUCUUCCUGAAAGAAGAGUUUGAACUUUUUCAUGUGUCUUGGAGGACAUAACAGACUGGCAUUUUGAUUGAUGUCACAAUUUUCCAAUGAUAAAAAGUGAAUAAAAAAAAAAAAUGACUGGAAAGACAAAGAAAAAUAUCAUGAUACUGUCUAAUCCUGAGUUAUUGUAAGGGGGAGCUGCAGCUGUACAGCUAGAGAGGCAGUUUUAUAAGCAUGGCUACAUGAGUGGAAGUAAUACAGUGUCAAAGAAUAAAGAACAUUAUUCAACACAAUGCAAGCCAGCUUCUGUGUAUGCCUAACAGAAAACAUUCACAUAAAGCAAUGAUGUUUGAAAAGUAAAGAUGUGCAAAUCACAUCCUGUAUCAUUGAAGUCAACAGAAAUUGUAGUGUUACAAAACUUAAAGAAUGUGUGAGCAGUGAGCAUGAUGAGUGAUUUUUUUAGGAAGAAACUCAGGCUCUUUUUACGCACAGAAGCAAAUAUGUUAAUUAAACUAUAAAGUUAAAGAAAGACAGAUGUUCAAGUUAUUUGUAUUUGCUUUGUUGUAUUAUGAAUGAUUUAUUGGUGUCAGAUUGAGGUAGUAGUCCACUUUGAAUAGAGCAUUUUGAAAAGCUACUAUGUAGCUACUAAUGUGGUUUUCUUCUCUGUGUUCUAACAGCAAACACCUUUGUUCACUUAAUUUACUCAUAAUAAAGUAAAACCUCUGCUGAUUAUCCUUAA